UACGUUUGGAGUUUAUUGGCAACUGUAUUAUAUUUUUUGCUGCUCUGUUCGGCGUGCUCGCCCGUGAUAGUAUUGAAAGUGGUUUGGUGGGAUUGUCUAUCACAGUAUCUUUGAGGGUAAGAAUCUCUAUAUUAUUCUGCAACAUAAGAUUACUGAACUGCACGAGAGGAGUACAAUUACUUCAUUAAUUGUAUUACUGUACAACUAACGAAUCUGGAGAGGGAUAUGGCAAGAUUUACUUAACAAAAUUGUAGUACUUUUAAAAGUGGUAUUAAUUAUGAAAUGAAAUCCCGUAAUAAAUAUUUGGAGUAAUGAAUGAGUGAGUAACCAAUUGAAAGUGUUACCAAGGAAACAAUGCAUGCUUUGUUAAUUUUGCAUUAUAAGAAAUUAUAAUCCUAUCAUUUAAAAAUAUAUCUUUUGUAUGUUACUAGAUCACAGGAACGUUGAAUUGGUUGGUGCGACAAACAAGUGAGCUUGAGACGCAUAUUGUGUCGGUUGAAAGAGUAAAAGAAUACACUGAAGCCAAACAGGAGGUAUUCGAUAACUCAACUUUAUUGAACACCGCUCAAUUUGUUCUUGGAAAAAGUUGCGUUUCAAUAGAGCGUUUGCACAUGACGUCGCAGCCGCCAUGUUGGUGUUCCAAUUCAAUUUAAUUAGACUCUUUUGUCUGGAACACCAACAUGACCACCAUGGCUUUUGUUAAAUACCACCCUGGGGAAUGAGUGCAAACGCUCUAUAGACCUUUAACACGCUUUUUUGAGUCAAUUUAAAAUUUGAUAUUAAAUACCAGAAAUGAAAAGAGCAGGUCAAAAUAAGUAAGGACAGAAAGUUUGGAUUCUUUAAUUUAAACACUUCGGCACUGCCGUCGUUUCUAUAAGAACCGGCAGAAAAUUUUUAAAUUUUUUGAGGGACACAACUCAACUUAAUCGAUUCAAAGGUGAAAGGCCUGGCGCUUGAUCUGACGAUUGCCCUACCGAAGCUUUUCCUUCGCCUAAUAUGCCAAACAAUUGCAAGACAUCAUUUCCUUAUUUAUUCAGGCCCCUUGGAUCAACCCGUCAUACCAAGCUCCAGAUAACUGGCCUGAUAAAGGUCAAAUUGAGUUUCAAAAACUAGGAAUACGUUAUCGUGAGGACUUAGACCUCGCCUUGAAGGAAGUUGAUUGUCAAAUUUAUCCAAAUGAAAAGGUAUUUUAUGGUAAUAUUUAG